AUGGCCUGUGCUGUCCUGUUCGUUGUUGCAUCCCUUAACGCUAUCACAGUGUCUUCACAGAGAAAUUGUCACAACCACCACAGCCUUCAGCAACCACCGCCCUUAUUCAGUCAGCAGCCAUCAACAUUGAAGCAGGGCCCUCCACUGGCAAAAGUCUACUAUAAUUUACAGAGUGCAUUUUCUUCAAAAGAAAUACAGAAUUCUGGGGAGAUUCCUGAGAUGUCGGUCAGUUACCAAAAUGAAGUUACAGCGGAGGGUGUGGAGAGGCCGGGCAUUGUCUCAAGUUGGUCUCCAGCAGGCAUCUCCUGGAGUAGUGGAACAUCUCAGGAGAACUGCAGGACACCUGACAUGGAGGAAAGCUUUGAAAGCUUACAACCUCGCGAAGAGGACGUGGCUUUAAAUGAAGUCUUAUGGAAAUUAAAACAUACUAACAGGCAGCAGCAAGAACAAAUCCAAGACCUCCAGUGUAGUAACCUGUAUUUAGAGAAGAAGGUUAAAGAACUACAGUUGAAGAUGACCAAACAGCAAGUAUUCGUUGACAUGAUAAGUAAGCUAAAGGAGAAUGUUGAAGAAUUAAUUGAAGACAAAUACAAAGUAAUCCUUGAGAAGCAUGAUAUUAAAAAGACAUUGCAGAAUUUGCAAGAGAUUUUAGCUAACACCCAAAAACAUCUUCAGGAAUCUAGAAAUGAGAAGCAAGCCUUACACCUUGAAUGUAAGAAGACAAAGGCCAAUUAUAUGCGUUUACAGGAAAGGUACAUGACUGAAAUGCGACAAAAAAAUAAAUCUGUGAGUGAGUGCUUAGAGAUGGACAAAACCUUAAGUGAGAAAGAAAAAGAGAUAGAGAUGCUGCACCGACUCAAAAGAAAAUUGGAAAGGGCCACAGCUUCUGCUUUGGACUUGUUGAAAAGGGAAAAAGAGACCUGAGAACAAGAGUUCUUUUCUUUACAGGAGGAAUUCCAGAAACGUGAAAAGGAAAACCUGGAAGAAAGAAAGAAACUGAAAUCUGGACAUGAGAAAUUGCUCGCUGAAGUUAAAAAUUUGCAUUUUGUAUCUGAAAAUGAAAGGGCUAAGAAUGCAAAACUUCAGCAGCACAUCAACGAAGUAGAAAAUGAAAAUGCAAAACUUAAGCAGCAGGUUGCAAGAAGUGAGGAGCAAGGUUGUGUCCCAAAAUUUGAGAGAGCUCAGUUAAAGGAGCAAUUAGAGGAAGUGAUGGAGUCAGAUAUUGCCAAGGAUACAAAGAUGAUAAAUUCUAACCUGUUCCUGAAUUGCCCACCUUGUGAAGAAGAGGGCCUGAAUUCCCCAGAUAUGAAGAGAACUUCUCAGCUGGCCUCCAAAAUGCACAGUCUUCUGCCUCUGAUGGUAGGACUUUUCACAUGCCAAGACAUCACCAAUCCUGAUGCUGAACAUUUAAAAGAGGGUGAGAACGUUAGUGAUAUAAUGCUGCAAAAAUUGAAGAGCUUUCAUCUUAAAAAGAAAAUUUUAGAUAAAGAGAUACUGAAACAUAAGGACAGAAUCAUAACCUUUAGAGAGUUAAUUGCUAAUGAAAAAGCAUUUCAGGAUCAUGUCAUUGAGGUCACAGACUUUGAUUCAGAUGAAGCCAAGAAUGUCAGAGAUGUACCUAUCUUAUUGGGAGUCAAACUGGACAAGUACCACAACCUUAAUGAGGAGCUUGCUUUCUUGAUCUCAAAAUUGGGAAGUCUUCUAGAGUUGAAAGAAGACCACUGCAACAGACUUGUUGAAGAAAAUGACAAGUAUCAAAGACAUUUAGGCAACUUAAUAAACAAGAUUACAUCAUAUGAAGAAAUUAUUGAAUAUGCUGACCAAAGGCUUGAGAUAUCCUGCUCCCAGAUUACACACUUGGAAGAGAGAAAUAAACACUUGGAAGAUUUAAUUAGAAGGCCUAAAGAGAGAGCCAGGAAACCAAGACCAAGAAGCUUAGAAAAUCAUCUGAAAUCCAUGACCGUGUGCCCUGCUUUAUAAGGAUCACAAAAGAAUUUUUUUCCUCAGAGGUAUAGUAUAAAAAACCCAAUUCUUGUUUUAGCCGUUUCUAUGUGAAAGAGCACUUAAGU